AUGAACAAGCUGGUGGUGGAAGUUUUGAAUGCCAGCGACCUCACACCCAAAGAUGGGGAAGGCUCAUCCAGCCCCUUUGUAGAGAUUGAAUUUGACGGGCAAAAGCACAGAACUCAAACAAAGCACAAAGACCUCAACCCUUUCUGGAAUGACAAGUUUGUUUUCAACAUUAAUGACCCCAGAGAUCUUCCACACAAAACAAUUGAAGUGGUUGUAUAUAACAACAACGAUCGAAAAGGUAGCAACCAUAAGAAUUUCCUCGGAAGGGUGAGAAUUGCAGGCGUUUCUAUUCCUCUGUCCGAGUCUGAGGCUGACGUGGAACGCUACCCGCUUGAGAGACGCUUUCUAUUUUCCAACAUCAAGGGAGUUAUCGCUCUUAGAUUCUAUGCGGUUUAUGAUCACACGGUUCCUCCCCCACAACCUCAACCUCAACCUCAGCCACAACCACCACCACAAGCAGAAGCAGUGGAACCCGAAGCCGAACCUUACGAGGAGACUCCCUUGCAAGAAAUAGACACUAACAUGAUAGACGAGGAAAGCGUGGUGGGUGAUGGCGAGAAGAAGAAGAAAAAGAAGAAAGAAAAGGAAGUGAGGACUUUUCACUCCAUUCCUGCAGCAACAAAGGCUCCUCCUCAACCCAACGUGGCACAGAGGGUGGAUUCUGCGAAAGCUGGGCCACCCAACGUGAUGCUGAUGCAGAUGCCGAAGCAAAACCCAGAGUAUGCAUUGGUGGAGACGAGUCCACCCCUUGCAGCACGCUUGCGCUACAGAGGAAGAGGAGGGGAUAAGAUAUCGACCACCUACGAUUUGGUGGAACAGAUGCAUUACUUGUAUGUGAAUGUGGUGAAGGCAAGGGAUCUUCCGGUGAUGGAUAUAUCGGGGAGUCUUGACCCUUAUGCCGAAGUGAAGCUGGGAAACUACAAGGGCGUCACCAAGCACUUGGAGAAGAAUCAGAACCCUGUUUGGAAGCAAAUAUUCGCCUUCUCCAAGGAAAGGUUGCAAUCCAAUCUGCUUGAAGUGACUGUGAAAGACAAGGACAUUGGAAAAGACGAUUUUGUGGGUAGAGUUACGUUUGAUCUCACAGAGGUUCCUCUUCGGGUACCCCCAGAUAGCCCCUUGGCUCCUCAAUGGUACAGAUUGGAGGACAAGAAAGGGCUAAAAGUGAAUAAUGGAGAAAUCAUGCUCGCUGUUUGGAUGGGAACACAAGCAGACGAGUCCUUCCCUGAGGCCUGGCACUCUGAUGCUCACAACGUUAGUCACUCCAACCUCUCAAACACUCGCUCAAAGGUAUAUUUCUCACCCAAACUUUACUAUGUUAGAGUUCAAGUGAUUGAGGCUCAAGAUCUGGUCCCUUCCGACAAAGGAAGAGCACCCGACGCUAUUGUUAGAGUGCAAUUGGGGAAUCAGAUAAGAUUCACCAGACCUUCUCAGAUGAGAACCACCAACCCCAUUUGGAACGAUGAGCUCAUGUUUGUGGCGGCAGAGCCGUUUGAGGAUUUCAUCAUUGUGACGGUUGAGGACAGAGCCCAGUGCAGUUGGAGAGGAAGAAACCGAGAGGAAGAAGGAGAAAUUCUCGAGCAAGAUUCACCUGCGAGUGUGUCUGGAGGCAGGGUAUCACGUACUGGAUGA